AUAUUGGUGACAGCAGAAGUCAACGGGCAGACCUAAGAACAAGAGCCAACAGCCAUUUCAGAAGACGGCAUUGGCUUUAAAUUGCAGAGAUCAGCAGUUCAAGCAACGUCAGGUGAAGAUUUCGAUUAAAUUUUACCUUUGUUUUUCAUCAGAAUAGAACAAAAAGAACAACGUGCUAGUCCAAGCUGGAGUUAGUAAUUACAGGAAAAUUGGUUACUCGGACAGAAAAUUGUGACGCAGUAAAUUGAUAGUGCUGACAUCAUUUUUGUGAUAGCUCCCAUUGAAUUUUCGAGACCUAUUCCGAAAGACGUUGAACUCAAAACAGAUCUUCAAGUUGGUAAACGAAUAUCGUUAAUUUACCAAGAAAGAAUCAUCCGCCUUUCGAAUAGACUUUGAUAUUCGUCAACGAUGGCGUGCUGUCAGUGCAGUGUGAUAUUCAGUGUGAUCAUGACUGGGACAUGGAUUGCUCUUUUCGUUGGUACGGUUCACUCGCAGAUGGCCAAUGGCUACGACGAUGUCAACAAGUGGCAUCACGACGAUGCAAUCACCGCAGACCAACAACCCGAUUUCUAUGCCACCAACGGCGGGCAGGUGGACGAAAAGAGAGCUUCGUUCAACGACAAACUCCGAGGACUCCGCCGACUGAGCAGGAUCAUCGACGAACUUCGCUUCGAAAGCGCCAUCCGCCCGGCAAAGAAGAGCCCCGAGGUAAUUGACGAGCUGGACAAUGAGAAUGGCAACCGCGGGAAGCCGGUAUCAACGGGUUACGCGAUUCCCCUGUCAUCCGAUGGGCCGAGAAACCUGGCACCCCCUCAAGGAGUGGACGAAGAGGACAUGGAGAGGACCCCAACUGCAGAGGAAGAAGGUUGGAAGCUGAGGCGAGUUCCGGACACCCUGUCUCAGGUCGGGUCUCGUGUUACUGCAAGAGAAGGUGAGGAUCACCAACUUGACAUGCCGAAGAGGGGUGGAGAUGCUGAUUCUCUGGUUCUUGAGCCAUUCAGGCAGAGGAAUCGAGAGAGCCGGAGGAGAUGGGGCGGCAAGGCAUCUCGUCCACAACCGUUUGGGAUUGGGCUGUUCGGGAAGAGAAGUGCUGAAGCUUCAAGAACGGACCAGACAGGGGAUCUUGUAGACACCAUUAAUAAAAUGCUCAUCGACGUCAACCAACCAGCCAGACAAAUGUGAAAAGGUUUGAAGAUAAGCCGGAAUAACCAGCCUAUCGUCAGUAUCCAUAGCAAUCUUUUCAACAUCUACUAUUCAAUAAUAUGAAUUGUGCUAAUUUCAAUGCUACGUUCAUAAAUGUAUCGUAUUUAACCAAAUUUUAGGCUUCUUUGGAAUUGAAGUUUAGGGUACUUUCAGUAGUUUCUUACAUCUCUCUUUCAUUAUAAGAACCAUGAUAAAACGCCUAAACAUGGUUACUAUGGGAGAGCUUUCAAGUAGUGUGGUUUUUCUACGCUGAUUUCCCACAUUUUGAGAAGGACAAAACAUUAGUACACUGCGCAAUUUGACAAAUGAAAAGAGUUCAACGUAAAGUGCGCGUAAUGCAUGUAAUGUCAGAACUAGUAGUCGACCGCUAUUACAUUUAGAAUAAUGAUUGAGAUAGCGUUUAAGCAAUGUCAUUUAACGCCGGUUCUGCACAGCUUCGAAAUGUUGAUUUUUAACGCUUCAUGAUUAUUUUGCAUUUUGAAAGACGUAAGUUAGGAAAACCGAAAAUCGCUUGAAAAUGAUUAUGUUGUAAACUAAGCGUCUUUAAAAACGCGGUUUUAGGUUUACAGCACUUAAAACACUUCUUGAAGCUGGUUACUAUAUGAGUCAUAAAAAACAUGUAUUUAAGCAAAAUUAAAUUAAUACUAUCUUGGCUGCCACAAGAUG